AAACAUUAUGAUCAUUAUAAACAAGGAUGUGUUUGCUUCAGCUAAGAAUGAUUUCAACUGUUAAGAGGGAAUUUUUAGGGAGUUAAUUUCAUCAUAUCCGGGACUGACUUAUUGAUGUCUUAUUAAAGGCCUAGUUGUCAAAAAGAGAAUAUUGCCUAUUACUAAUAGUAUUAGAAUGGCUUCUGAACAAAAAGAUGAUGGUGGUUCAACAACAAAUCCAGAUAUGAAAUGGUGUAUGUGAUGUAUGGAUUUUCUUAAUUACAUUUAAGAAAGAACCCUAAAUAAUUAUGAUAUCGUGUAUAGAAGUAUAACAGGAGAGGACAAAUGCAACAAUCUUACUGCAUGGGACUUGAACCUGGGAGCUCCGAACUCGUAGAGAGAUGUUCUGUCCAUUUGAGCGACCUGAUCCAGAUCCCCUUUGCAUCUUGAUGUUUUGUAAACCAUCAAAUUGUUUGCAAAAUGUGGAUUUGAGAUACAGUGUACCACUAUAAAAUACAAUGUGCACAGCUAUUAAAGUACAGAGUAUAAUGUCACUUUAGUCAUUAAAACUGAUAGGAAAUUUCCUGGAGACUAGUGAAGAAAGCAAGCGGUUGCUUGUUCAAGCCCCAGUGUGGGCAAGAUAUUUUUCAUUACCCAUGGCCUAAUGCAGCUAUGUGCUGUUGACCAAUCCAAGUGUAAGCUAUAGGAGAUUAAAGAGCUUCUUUGGAAUUAGAAUCUGGGCUGUAGUUGUCUUAGGGGUUGAAGACUUUGUGAAGGAGGGAAUAUAGGAGAUUAAAGGGCUUCUUUGGAAUUAGAAUCUGGGCUGUGGUUGUAUUAGGGAAUGAAGACUUUGUGAAGGAGGGAAUAGUGUAAAAGAGUAUGUCAACUUACUAGCUCAGAUUUUGAUAGGAAAACUAAACAGAUUGUAUUUGGUGAUGUAUCAGCCAUUGAUCCAGAAUCAGAAGAGAUGAAGGGUCCAGACAGCUUGUUGUAUGAAGUGAAGAAGAAACUAGAUAUAGGGCCUCCACCUGUACAGUUGUUGGACACACUAGAUCUAGAUGGUAUAGUCAACUUUAUCAAAGCUGGAAAGUGUAAGAAUAUCAUCACCAUGGUAGGCGCUGGUAUUUCUACAUCGGCUGGUAUUCCUGAUUUCCGAUCCCCAGUAACUGGGUUGUAUGAUAAUCUAGAGAAAUACCACUUACCUUACCCAGAGGCUAUGUUUGACCUGGAAUACUUCCAGAAAAACCCAGAGCCAUUCUUUUCCUUAGCCAAAGAGAUAUGGCCUGGUAUUUUCAAGCCAACACCUUGCCACUACUUUAUUAAAAUGCUACACAACAAAGGUCUCCUGCUACGACAUUAUACACAGAACAUAGACACACUUGAAAUUCAGUCUGGAUUGGAUCCCGAAAAACUAGUAGAAGCUCAUGGAAGUUUUCGUACAGCUCAUUGUCUUGUCUGCAAAAAAGAAUACAGCAAGGAGGUCAUGGAAGAUAAAGUGUUGGCUGGGGUAAUACCUAGGUGUGAAAUCCCAGAAUGCAAUGGUAUCAUCAAACCAGACAUUGUGUUUUUUGGAGACACACUACCUAAAAAGUUUGCUGAAUGUGUUGAAGAGGACUUUGGGAAAUGUGACUUGCUGAUUAUUAUGGGAACAUCACUUGUGGUUCAGCCAUUUGCUUCAUUAAGUCACAGGGUCCCAACAAAUACUCCAAGAUUAUAUAUCAACCUAGAGAAAACUGGAACUGAAGGUGUCAGUUUCUCAUUCAUUUUCUUCAAAGGAGGUUUCAAAUUUAAUGACAAGGACAACUACAGAGAUGUGUUUUGGCAAGGAACGUGUGAUGAGGGAUGUUUCACUCUGACAGAAAAACUUGGCUGGAAGGAGGAACUCACCAGGGUUGUCAAGGAAGGGCAUGCCAAGAUCUAUAAGGAAAUGUCACUGCUGAAAUCCAAAAAUGUCAGGUUCCAGAAAGUAAAGGGAGCAGAAAACAGACGAGGAAACCUUGGAAAAACACAUACUGAUUCUGGAACCACAACACCUAAAUCUAAAGGAAAAUAAACCAUUAAACACAUACUGAUUCUCGAACCACAACGUCUAAAUCUAAAGGAAAAUAAACCAUUAAACACAUAAUUAUGAAACAUAAUCAUAGCAGUAACAUAUAAUCAAGGCUUGAUGAAUCAAACAGGCAUGACACGAUUGGCUAGGAUGUUGUGAUGUCAUGUAAUUGAAAAACAAGAUUUUUUGGACAGGAAAUUCACCAACAUCUUUCUGUACAACUUUGAUGUGGAAAUCUUAUUUUUUCAUGUGUGUCCUGAUAGAGCAGUUGUGUGUACUAAUUAUUUUAAAUGUUUGUGCAAUAACAUAAAGUGACAGUGCUUACUAAGUUUCCUGUAACACCCUGCUGUUUCUCUUAUCAUCCAAUCCUACAAAAGAUACCGUAAUGUAAAAAUUUAUAUUAUUGAAAUAUUCAUUGUAGCAACACAGACAGGCCUAUUGUUACAUUGUGGAUAAUAUAUUUAUAAGCGCAAUACAAUCAAACUUUCAAACAAAACUAAUUUUAAGUGUGUGACUUUUUGUCUUGUUGGACGUUUUGAUCUCUCGUACAUUUAUAUUUUUAUGAGAUUUUUUAUCCGUGGUUUUGUAUACCACUGUGAGAGUGUACCUAUAUAGACUUUUUGGUGAUGUAUUGUAUAUAUACACUGUAUGUUGACAAAUAUAAACAGAAUAUUUA